AUGAUCGCACGACAACAGCGUUGUACAUCACUGCCACAUCGAUUACAUCCAACCUGUAUUCAAGAAAAGCCAUAUUGGAUACGAACCCAUGAGCAUUGCCAUCAACAGAAUUCGAUCAAAAACCAAGCAGGAGAAGGAAGCAGGGGUAGUUGUUACAAAGCAGUAUCGUUAAAAGAUUGGUUAAAAAUACUGGCAUCGACUUUGAUUCCGCUUAUGAUAGGCGUAUUCACAGUAGUAACAACAAUUCAACAACAACAAAUAGCUAAUCGUCAACGUGAUCAGGAUAAACAACAAGCGGAUGAUUUACAAAAAGAAUCAAUAUUUUCAAAAUACAUUGAUGAUAUUUCUAAACUACUUUUAGAAUCUCAUAAUGAUACAGUCACGAAUCGUGAAUUAUCUUAUAUUAGCACAAAAACUUUGACAGCUUUGCGUAAAUUAGAUUACGAAAGAAAAAAACAUUUAUUCUUGUUUUUAUAUGAAAGUGGUCUACUUUCGAGUACCAACAAUGCUCAUCUAUCACUAAAAAAUGGAGAUUUUAAUAAUAUCAAUUUUAAUAUCGAUUCGAACGGCAAGAUAUUAGCAUCAAACUUCUAUCGUUUAAAAUUAACAAAUGCGUAUUUGAUAAACACAUCAUUUACCGAUUGUAACCUUGAUAAAUCAGAUUUCAGUAAUUCUGUGAUGAAUCAAGUCUCAUUGACUAUUUCGACAUUACGAGAUUCUACAUUUAUUCAUACAUCGCUAGAGCACGCUAAUUUUUAUAAAACAUUCUUUCGUAAAACAAACUUUAAUAGUGCCAGAUUACGUUCAGCAGAUUUUACAGGAGCAGAAGUUUACGCCGUUGAUUUUACUAAUGCCGAUCUAGAGAAAGCUCUUAUCACCGAUGAACAGUUGAAAACUAGUAUAACUUCUGGAACGAGACUUCCAAAUGGGACAUUUGGGUCAUUUCAGGCGAAAAAUUUAGUGAAAAAUGGUGAUGCGGAGAUAAAAGAUUGCAAGAAUGAUAACCGUGUAUACAACUGGGACGACAUAUACGGCGAAGUGAGAACAGUCAUGUACAAUAGCAGCAAUGCGUCCAUUGUCAAUCAGCAAGGCGACUGUUAUUUUUCGGGUAGAAAUGGUUCGUCGAUAUCGCAGAUAAUUCAAAUCAGCGAUUAUACCCUUUUAAUCGAUAAUAACAAAACAAAAUAUAACGUCUCAUUGUAUAUUAGAAAUAAUGUAUUUCUUCAACUAUUAUUCAUGACGAAAGAUCAGACUUCGACAGUUGUUACUGUCGAUACAGUGUGGCAGAGUCCAACAAAAUUAGUUUAUGCAACAAAAGCUGGUAUUGUUCCAAAAUAUACGAGACAAAUGGUGAUAAGCAAAAGAAAACCCGCCCUCAAAGGGUUAAAAGAUGGUUGGGGUGAAGCUCAGUUUAAAUUUUGGGUUCGUAAGCAUUUUAAAUUAGUAACUAUUGGUGAGUUACAAGUGGUUUAUGGUAUUAAAUGA